GUUGAUCUGCUGCGCAUACUUCCUUUCCUGACGCAAGAACCGGCAAGGCUGUUGCACGCGUCUGUUGUGGCUUCAACUGCAAAGCUGGAUUUUAUAACAGUACAAAGUAGACAAACUCACAGCAAGAGAACUUUCAUAAGGACAUAGAUUGACAACUCCCCUCAGCAAUGUCUCGAUUCUUUGCCACCGGGUCUGACAGCGAGUCAGAGGAGUCCUCAUCCGCCGAUGAGAUUACCCCAAAAGCACCCGGGACAACUUUCAAGCAGUCGUUGCUUAUAAGUGAUGAUGAAGAGGACACUAAAAGAGUAGUGCGCAGCGCCAAGGACAAAAGGUUUGAGGAGUUGACAAACCUCAUAAAGACUAUUCGCAAUGCCAUGAAGAUCCGAGACAUGGCCAAAUGUCUGGAGGAAUUUGAGCAGUUAUGUCGAGCAUUCCUCAAAAGCAAGAACAUAGUGGACAAAGAGGGUGUUCCCUCCUUCUACAUCCGUCUCUUGGCUGACUUGGAGGACUACCUGAACCAGCUUUGGGAGGACAAAGAGGGAAAGAAAAAGAUGAACAAAAACAAUGCAAAAGCCCUGAGCACGCUGCGUCAGAAGAUCCGCAAGUACAACAGAGAUUAUGAAACGGAAAUAGCUGCAUACAAGGAGAACCCACAAGAGUCUGCAGAUGAAGAGGAGGAGAAGGAACAAGGGGAUUCAGGUUCCUCUUUUGAAAGUGACGGCGAGGCUGGUGAUGAGGGAGUGUCGGCCAAGUCCUUCUUGAAGAAAAAGCCAGAAGGUGUUUCAGAAGCCAGCAAGUUCCUUAAGGGUGCUAAGGGAUCAGGGGACGAGUCCUCUUCUAGCGAUGAUGAUGACGAUGAUGACGAAGAUGAAGACUGGGGUGCAGACACAGAUGAGAGAGACAGUGAGAGUUCGGAUGACGAUAAAGAAAAGAGCAAAUCCCUGGCCACAGUCUUCCUGAAGAGGGCCCCUAGUCCUGACAGACCCGGUGACAAGAAGGAUUUAAAGAAAAAGAAGCUGAAAAAGAAGGAGCGGAUUGGAAUUGAGCUUGAGGGCGAGGGAGAAGAGGAGGCUGGAGGCGGCUGGGAGAAAGUCAGAAGUGGAAUACCUAUGGUCAAGGAGAAGCCCAAGAUGUUUGCUAAAGGCACAGAAAUCAACACAGCCGUGGUAGUGAAGAAGCUGAAUGAGAUCCUGCAAGCAAGAGGCAAAAAAGGCACAGACAGGGCUGCUCAGAUUGAACUGCUUCAUGCUCUGGCAGCCAUCGCUGCCGAGAAUAACUUGGGCCAAGGUAUCCUGGUCAAGAUUAAGUUCAACAUUAUUGCCUCCCUGUAUGAUUACAACCCUAACUUGGCAGCUUUCAUGAAGGCUGACAUGUGGAAGAAGUGCCUGGACUGUAUUGAUGAGCUGCUGGACAUCCUGUUUGAACACAACAAUAUCUUCAUUGGGGAGAAUAUUGUAGAGGACAGUGAGAAUCUAGCCAUCUCUGACCAGCCUUUCAGGGUUCGUGGAUGUGUCUUAACACUGGUGGAGAGGAUGGAUGAAGAGUUUACCAAGAUCAUGCAGAACACUGAUCCCCAUUCACAAGAGUAUGUUGACAACCUCAAAGACGAGGGACGAGUUUGUGGGAUCGUUGACCGGCUGCUCACCUACUUGGAGAACAAAGGCAGCACAGAAGAGAUUUGCCGCGUCUACCUGCGCAGAAUCAUGCACACCUACUACAAGUUUGAUUACAAAGCUCACAGACGCAGUUUAGGCCUCCAGGGAGAAACCAAGUCGGAGCUGGAUCAGGAGGAGAGUGAAGGGGAGGACAGUGCUGUGAUCAUGGAUCGUCUCUGCAAGUUUAUCUACGCCAAGGAUCGCACCGACCGUAUCCGUACCUGCGCUAUCCUCUGCCACAUCUACCACCAUGCUCUUCAUUCCCGCUGGUACCAGGCACGUGACCUGAUGCUGAUGAGCCACCUGCAGGACAACAUCCAACAUGCUGAUCCACCUGUACAGAUCCUAUACAACAGAACCAUGGUCCAACUCGGCAUUUGUGCUUUUAGGCAGGGUAUGAUUAAAGAUGCCCACAAUGCACUGUUGGAUAUCCAGUCAUCUGGCCGUGCCAAGGAGCUCCUGGGCCAGGGUUUGCUCAUGAGGAACAUGCAGGAGAGAAAUGCUGAGCAGGAGAAGAUUGAAAAGAGAAGACAAGUUCCAUUCCACAUGCACAUCAACUUGGAGCUGCUGGAGUGUGUGUACCUGGUGUCAGCUAUGCUGUUAGAAAUCCCCUACAUGGCUGCCCACGAGUUUGAUGCCCGUCGCAGGAUGAUCAGUAAACAGUUCCAUCACCAGCUCAGGGUUGGAGAGAGACAGCCGCUGCUGGGACCCCCAGAGAGCAUGAGGGAGCAUGUAGUAGCAGCCAGCAAGGCUAUGAAGAUGGGAGACUGGCGUACCUGCCACUCAUUCAUCAUCAAUGAGAAGAUGAACAGUAAAGUCUGGGACUUGUUCCCUGAGGCACAGCGAGUGCGAGAGAUGCUCGUAAGAAAAAUCCAAGAAGAGUCACUGAGGACUUACCUGUUCACAUACAGCAGUGUAUACGACUCCAUCAGCAUGGAAACACUGUCUGAGAUGUUUGAGCUGGAGAUCCCUACGGUUCACAGCAUAAUCAGCAAGAUGAUCAUCAAUGAGGAGCUGAUGGCCUCACUGGACCAGCCCACGCAGACUGUGGUGAUGCACCGCACAGAGCCCACCUCUCUGCAGAACAUGGCUCUGCAGCUGGCAGAGAAACUGGGGAGUUUGGUGGAGAAUAACGAGCGUGUCUUUGAUCUCAAGCAGGGUGUCUACGGAGGUUACUUCAACAGAGAUCAAAAAGGUGGCUACCAACAGAAGCAAUCCUACCAGAGAGAUCAGAAAGGUGGUUACCAGCAGAAGCAGGGAGGCUACCAGCGAGGCGGCUACAGGAAUCAAAAUCAAAGCAACUACUGAAUGUAGUUUUCAUUCUAUAACACCCCAACAACCUGCAUUCAGAAAUGUCCGAUCAAAACUGUUUUCAGCUGAUCUUGACUCACCUGCAAAGUGACAUCUCAGCGCUGCAAACUUCUACUUAUUAACACAUCAGUAAUAGAAAGUUGUGGUUGGCUGGCUUGUGCCAAAAGUCAGCAACAAACAUGUCAUCUAUUAAAGACUUGAUAAAAUAAAUGAUAAUAAACCAUG